UUCUCUACACCCGCAAAAACAUCUGCUACAUAUGUGUAUGUGACCAAUAACAUUUUAUCAGAUUUUGACUGACUACAAUAUCAUCAUCAUAGCUAAUUUCUGAGCCAUAUUACACAAACAUCACUUUGAAACUACUAAAGGAUAACAUACGAUCAAAUAUGACAUGCUUAAACGAGCGAAAUCAUUUAAGGAAAAAGUAUGGGGCAUCAUGGACAUUGAGCUACUAUUAAAGCUACUCAGCUACUAUCUCAUUUCAGCAGUGCGCGUGCUCAACACUGGGCUUUGUUUUUUAAAUUGCGUGUGGCCGGUAGCUAGCGGUACUGCUUCUCGCAUGGGUUCUAUUUACUGUAGCCGGUUAUGUCGGUGAGGUGUAUUUCCACGAGGCAGUGGAGAAGUUGAUACUUUAUUUCGGACUGCGUGAGAGAGAGGGACCAAGCAAACGCAAUGGCGGGGGUAUUCGACAUUGAUUUGGAUCAGGCGGACGAAAAUGUGUCUGAUGAUGAACUCGGGGAUGGGCAGUCUCACAAGACUGUGUGUGAAACAGUCAAAAAAGUCCCGUCUGAAUAAUCACUGGAACAGACCCAAAUGAGCGAAUGCACGGAGCAAUGCAGCGGUUUCGAAUUUAACAUGGAUGACUGUGAAAAGUUUGAAAUCUCUGAAGACAGCGUCAACAAAGGAACGGAGCAGAUUCGUCCGGAAUGCUUUGAGUUGCUCCGGGUUUUAGGAAAAGGAGGCUAUGGAAAGGUUUUUCAAGUUCGUAAGGUGUCGGGUGCCACUUCGGGAAAGAUUUUCGCCAUGAAGGUCUUGAAGAAGGCGAUGAUAGUGCGUAACGCUAAGGACACGGCACACACCAAGGCAGAGAGGAACAUCCUGGAGGAGGUGAAGCACCCAUUCAUAGUGGACCUCAUCUAUGCCUUCCAGACAGGGGGCAAGCUGUACCUCAUCCUGGAGUACCUUUCUGGUGGGGAGCUGUUUAUGCAAUUGGAGAGAGAGGGGAUCCUUGUGGAAGACAAAGCAUGCUUCUAUCUGGCAGAGAUUUCAAUGGCUCUGGGACACCUGCAUCAGAAAGGCAUCAUCUACAGAGACCUGAAGCCAGAAAACAUCAUGCUAAACAACAACGGUCACAUCAAGCUCACAGACUUUGGACUGUGUAAAGAAUCAAUCCACGACGGCACGGUUACUCACACUUUCUGUGGCACCAUAGAAUACAUGGCCCCAGAGAUCCUGAUGAGGAGUGGACACAACCGGGCUGUAGACUGGUGGAGCCUGGGAGCUCUCAUGUAUGACAUGCUGACAGGAGCACCACCAUUCACUGGUGAAAACAGGAAGAAGACCAUUGACAAAAUCUUAAAGUGUAAAUUGAACUUGCCACCUUACCUCACACAAGAAGCCAGGGACCUUCUCAAAAAGCUGCUAAAACGCAACGCCUCGUUACGGCUGGGGGCGGGCCCAGGAGACGCCUCAGAAAUUCAGUCCCACCCAUUCUUCAGGCAUAUUAAAUGGGACGAACUUCUCGCUCGCAAAGUGGAGCCUCCAUUCAAGCCUGUUCUGCAAUCAGCUGAUGACGUGAGCCAGUUUGACUCCAAGUUCACCAGCCAGACUCCUGUUGACAGCCCUGACGACUCCACGCUCAGUGAAAGUGCCAAUCAAGUCUUCCUGGGCUUUACGUAUGUAGCCCCUUCUGUGCUUGAAAACGUCAAGGAGAAAUUCCCCUUUGAGCAAAAAGUCCGCUCACCAAGAAGGUUUCUGGGAAGCCCAAGAACACCAGUGAGCCCAGUGAAGUUUUCUGGGGGGGACUGCUGGCCCCGGGCCCCCACCCAAGCUAGAGUCUCAUCCCUGCUGUCCCCUGGGGGCUCUGGGUCUGGAGACCAGCCCAUGGAGGUUGGUGUGGAGCAGAUGGAUGUGAGCUCUAAAGCUACUGAGGUGUCUGCCCCCCUGCCCAUCAAAAAGCCCUCUGGCAACACCACCACAGGCGGCCCCUUCAAGAAGCAGGCCUACCCCCUGAUGUCCAAACGUCCCGAGCACCUCCGGAUGAAUCUAUGACGCUCAGCUCCAUCUAGAACGCCUCUUUUCUAAUUCCUCCUCCCCCUUUUUUUCUUUUUUUUUCUUUUAAAAGCCUUAAAGAAAUGACUGACGGAGCACCGACCAUCGGCACCAAUCACCAGCUGCUCCAGAUGCACCUUCCAUCUCUGCCUCCCUCUCCUAUCUUUCCCUUUUUGAGCAGCUUGGGAGCCACAUGGGGCUUUCUACCCUAGCAGAUAUAAACAAACUAUAGCAGUCUCCUGUUAGGGAGACGAGGGAGAGAACUCCCUCCCACCAAUUAGAACUUUAGUCAGACAACGAAAGGUCUUGACUACUUCCUAAUGCCCAGUAGGGUGUAGCUGCAGCAAGAGACGAGAGCAGUGCUGCUGCCUGAUUCUUGUGUGCUCCACUGGGAUAGCUUCUCAUAUGAUAUACUGGUGCUUUGUACUUUGGGUGAGUGGGGACAGACAGUGUUACUCAUGCAGCAAUGAUUUUCCUCACCAGGAGUGAGACGUUAUUGAUUUCUGAAGCCGUGUAAUAGACUUUAAGGCUGAAAGGGUGGAGAGGAUUUCCCCCUUAAAUGCCUCUGCUUCCUUUUUACAGGAUACGGUAUAGAUGGAGAAAAUUACAAUGAACACAUGAACUCAUGCUAUAGUAUAUUAGGCUACAUUGUUCCAUUAAAAAAAAAAAAAUGGAAUCCACAAAGCCUUUUUUUCUGCUUUGUCACAUCCUGUCAGGAUAAAUCCUGUGUUCAGUAGGUAGAACCAGUAUUGAAACUGAAUUAAACAGGAAGGUGCAAUCUGAACUCGUCCAAUGAGAACAGAUUUCCGUGAGCCUUACUGAACAUGACCCUAGUGUGGUGUCAUUGAUGGAGGAGGUGCAGCUAGAAGCAGACAGAAAAACACGGUGUAUGCUAUUUCAGCUGAAUGCAACACCUCCUGCACCAUCUGUCUUCUGACUGGAUCUCUCGGUAGAGACAACCUUUCUGUCUGUCUCUGCAUGUAGUACAUCGGAUGUAAACUGACUCAAAAUGCCUUUUCGAGUGUCACUUACUCAGAUGACCCACAUGAGUUCACGGUUAAGAUGCAUGCAGGUUUAUUAUAAUAUUAUGGACCUAUUCUUUUUGGGAAUCAAGGAAAUGUGUUAUUGUCAGAUAUAAACCGAGGGCUCGUCUUUUGAAUUGAAAGAAGGAAAGCACCAAGGCCAAAUUCUCAUCACUGCCUUUUGUGUUUAGCUUAUCGCCAGGUUCCGUUUGUCUAAUGCACCUGCCUAGGUGCUUCACGGAUUCUUCCCUCAGUCUUUUGAACCCUUGGUGAUAUCAGUAGGGCUGUACCGCUAUGCUGGUUCCAUUUGAACUAGUGAUUGUUUGAAAUGUGUAGUGACUUGAAGGUGUUGUAUGUAUGUGGUCUUUAACUGCGCCUCUGGAGAAAAGCCAUUUGAUCCUCUUCCCCAAACAUGAAACUUAGUCAAAUGAAUAAUAAUCCCAACUGUAAGGUUCCAUCUAGCUGAAGGCAGUGUUCACACGACCAGGAGAAUGGUCAUACUUAACCAAAUGUAUCUGUUAUUUGAAAAAUGAAAAUGUUAACAUUUUACUUUUUAAAAAUGUACUUUUAAAAACUCACUCAAUAAGCAAACAGUUGUUCAAUUUUGAACCAGGCAGUUUAUUUGGGUUGUUCUCUAGAAGUGCUCCUGAGUGGCGCAGCCAUCUCAGUGCUUGAGUGCUGCAUCUCAGUGCUUGAGGCGUCACUACAGACACCCUGGUUCAAAUCCAGGCUGUAUCACAACCGGCCAUGAUUGGGAGACCCACAGGGCGGCCCACAAUUGGCCCAGCAUCAUCCGGGUUUGGCUGGUGUAGGCCGUCAUUGUAAAUAACAAUUUGUUCUUACCUGACUUGCCUAGUUAAAGGUUAAAAAAAAAAAUGUUGGGACCUACUCCAUGACUGAGUGGCGUGUCCCCCUCUACAAACCUACAUCCUGUUCAAAACAAUUGGAUGGGUCAAACAAAAACAAAUUCUGGGUGAAUGUGUAUCCUGACAGAGGAUUUCCUAUUCCAAGACUGCUGAGGUUUAUUGAAAUAGACAUUAUUAUUAUCAUCACCCCCCCUGUGUGCUUGUCAAUGAAGGAAUGGGCCAAGUGCUUUAUCUUCAGGUUCCAUUGGAGAGGAUGUCUGGUCUGCUUCAGAGCAACUUCCAUAUUGACCAUGGCUUAGCUUUGAAUACAUUUUUAAUAAUCAACAACUUAUAUGGUGAAUUAUUUUUUUCCCUUACUGCAUCAGUUCCACUAUGCAAAAAAUGUAUUUAUUGCAUAGUCAAUUGUAUGUUUGGCGCGCAUGGAUCUUUUGUAAAUGAUAACUUUAUUUUGUUCCUUUUAUUUAUUUGUAGAUAUGUGCAUAUGGUUAUCAUAUGAAUAUCUCUCUUGAGAAACCUCAAAUGCAGCAGUUAAUUCUUUAUUCCAAACUACAAUGUCCUAAAUGUUUUAGUAUAUUUAUUGUACUACAAUAGAAUUAUAUUGUGCUAUGGACAUGUUCAGAAAGUAACUUUUUGAUAACUUUUACCUGGUUCUUUUAAUUCUGAACUUGAACUUUAAGAUGCCUGUCAAGUGUUGGAAAUAUGGGCUGUGUAUGUGUGUGUGAGAGAGAUUUUAAAAUAAUUGCAACUCUGUAUAUAUUUGCAGAUGUGUAUGGAAUGCUAUUGAGACAGGAAGAUAAUUGGACCAUGUGUUUCUUUCUAGUAGUGUAGUCUCUAAAUGAUGCUCCUCUAACCUGUUAAAUACUAAAAUGAUCAUAAUGAUCUGAGUGGGAUUCAUCUCAAGUGGUUUGUAGCUUGAGGGCCUUUGAAAAGUAUACAAAUGGGAACAUACCUUGAUUAAUCAACUCAUUAGAAGACUGCUGCAAACAUUUAAUCUGAGUCAAUAUUUCAUCCCUGUAUUUAUUCCAUGACCUGGGAUGUUGAUUUGUAAUAUCAUGUAAGUGGAUGGAUGAGAACAAAAUAAAAGGUGUUGCUGAUUUGAA